UCCCAUUGGAGUAACCGGAGGGAAACGGCCGGCUCUCUCGUCAAAACUCGCCGGAAAACACCGUGAAAUCGGUCGGAUUCGCUUCUGGAAACAGCGACCGGGGGAUUAAGACGCGAGCCGGACACCAGAUAAGAGCAGUGCCGAUUUAUUUCGAUUCGGACUGAUUGAUCCCGGGCUCUGUGUGUGUGUGUGUUUUCGUUUGGAAAGCCAAACACACACAUACACGCGCGUGCACACACUCACAGUCACAGGUUGCUAGCGGAGUUAACGCUAACCUAGCUAGCCAAGUUAGCUACCCGCGGUUAGCUGCGGUUAGUCCCUUUACCGGGACUAAAAGCAGCCGGGGUUAAAGUUAAAAACACUGUCAGACAUUUUCCAGACAGUCUGCUCCAGGAUUCAGUCAUGAUGUGGUGUUUUUUUGGACGUUUAUCAAGUUGGCCGGCUGGUAGCAUCGGCUGACUAAAGCUUAACGUUAGUGCGAGUCUCUCGGCUUCUCCGACCUGGAUUUUAUUCCCGAGUGUUUUUCCUCGUUUUUCUCCGUUUCCACUGCUGGUUUUGGUUGUUUUUUUAAAGGUGGACUUUGCCCUCGGGGUGUUGUAACUACCCCCCUCCCCCAUAUUAAAUAAAAAGCCUCUAUUGAUUCUUCUGUUGGAGUAUUUAAAAACUUGGCUGGAUUUUUUUUGGGGAGGUAAAAAGUUUGCGUGUUGGGAAGUUGAGGAGGAUUUUUCCGAGCCUGUGGAAAAAUGGAUGCGGGUAUAGAGAAGGAAUGCAGCGCCUUGGGAGGGCUCUUCCAGCUCAUCAUGAACGACAUGAAGGCCAGUUAUCCUAUAUGGGAGGACUUUGUAACCAAAGGAGCCAAGCUACAGUCACAGCUCAGGACGACCAUCGUGGUUACCGGAGCCUUCCUGGAGGCUUUUCAGAAGGUGGCAGACAUGGCAACUGGGACCAGAGGCGCCACGAAGGAAAUUGGCUCAGCACUGACCAGGAUGUGUAUGAGACACCGCAGCAUCGAGUCAAAACUCAAACUAUUCACCACAGCUCUCUCAGAAAGUCUCAUCAGUCCGCUGGAGUUGAAGAUGGAGGAGUGGAAAAAAGUGGCCAGUCAACUGGACAAAGAUCACGCCAAAGAGUAUAAGAAAGCCAGAGCAGACAUCAAGAAGAAAUCGUCAGACACCAUCAAACUGCAGAAGAAGGUGAAGAAAGGGAAGGAUGAGGUGCGGUGCCAGCUGGACAGCGCCCUGCAGGACGUCAACGUUCGUUAUGCUGUCCUGGAGGACACAGAGAAGCGAGCCGUGUGCAGGGCGCUGAUAGAGGAAAGAGCGCGCUAUUGCAGCUUCGUCACCAUGCUGAAGCCUGUACUGGACCAUGAGAUCAACAUGCUGGGUGAGGUGACCCACCUGCAGACCAUUCUGGAGGAUCUGAUGAACCUGACAGCUGAGCCCAAUAAACUCCCACCAGCCAGUGAGCAGGUGAUUUCGGACCUGAAAGGUUCUGAUUUCAACUACACUUACCAGACACCCCCAGCUUCUCCGAGUAACACUCUGUCCAGGAAGAGCAGCAUCAGCAGUAACUACCAGUCUGGAUCAAUGAGACAUGUUCCCUCCUUGGACUCCAUCAGCUGUGCUGUGGAUGGUGUACACAUCCAGGAUGCCGUUGGCUCCACCAAUCAGAUGGCUGCAGGGGGAAGCGGAGGGGCGGAGAACGGCCUGUUGCCCCCCCCACACAAUGCCUACAUGCACCAUGGAGAGAGAGCUCGAGCCAUGUCUGCGUCUGGGAAGUCCUGCUCGGCCCGGGAUCAGCUGGCGUUGACUUUGGGUGCGUUGACCUCGGACGCUCCGAGAAGCAGUAGGGACUCUCUGCACUGCUCCAGCGGCUACAGCACCCAGACCACCACCCCGUCCUGCUCUGAGGACACCAUACACACACACACUGUAAAGAGAGAUCCUCCCCUCUAUGUUGACUACGAGUCCAUCUCUCUCCACGGAGACGCAGACUCCAUCUCCUUACAUCAUCUGUCCCAUGGAAACAGCCAGUCAGACUUCGACAAGUCCUCGACCAUCCCGAGGAACUCCGACCUCGGUUUACAGUACAGGAAGUUUGCUCAGUCCAAACGGCCGAGCUCCACCGUCAGCUUACUGGCUGAACCUGAACUGAUUGGCGGGUCUGUCCGCCAACUGCCGUCCCACACGGCAACCAUCAGGCGCAAACCGUCAUCCAAGCCGCCCUAUCGCAGGGGAACAAUCAGCGGGGGGGUUCCCAUCCCCAUCUGCACCCCGCAGGUCCCUCUUAAAGCCCUCGGAGGAAACAGUGGAAGUGAUGAGAAUGUUUUCACAGCGCCCCCUGCUGGCGGAGUAGGAGGUUUAGGUCACAGUAAACUCUGUACCUCCACGCAGAGCCUCAGCGCCUUACCCCCCUCCUCCUCCUCCUCCCCGUACUACCAGCUGGUUCCAGGUCAGAUGCCCAUCCCUGUGCCUGUACCCACUGUACCCCCCACUGUGCAACUAGAGGGCAGCAACGUCAAACAGCAACAACAGAGACAGUACCAUCAGCAACUACAGCAGUACAACCAGCAACUCCAGAUUCAGCAGCAGCAGCAAUAUUAUCAUCAUCAGCAACUACAGCAACAGUUUCAACAUCAACAGUCCCUGCCUCAGUCCCAGUCCCUCCCUCAGUCCCAGCAGCUACAACAUCAGCAAAACCAGCAUCAACAGCAGCUGAACCAGCAGCAGAAACAGAAGCUGUUCCAGCAGCAGCAACAGGCCCAGCUUCAGCUCCCCCCUGCCCAGGAAGAGCCUUCCUGGCUGGGCUACAGCACUCAAAACCAGCCCCAGGCUCCCCCACCCUCCAGCCUGGACCAGAACCCAGAGCAGCAGACCCAGGACGGAGGGGGAGGGGGAGCAGGAGACAUGGCGACCCUCAUCAGAGGAGUAAAGCUGAAAAGGACCAUCACCAAUGAUCGCUCCGCCCCUCUCCUGCCCCCUCCACCCAAUCACAAAUGAGGUUGAAGAACAGAAUGUUUUGCUUGCGUGCAGGUCACCUGUUCAGUUUAAUGGGUUCAGCACCCAGAAGAGGCACCUGAGUGUGUCAGCACAGGCCACAGAGAGCGAAACCAAACACGUGGACUUUACGGACACACUGAUCAAUCGCUGGAACUCGACGUGUGUCUUCUUUUAUUUUCUAAAAGUUCUGCUUCCUUUUAGGCCAUCCAUUUAGAUUUGUGUUUUAAACAUUUUUGAGACUUUGUUGUCAUUUCCUGUUGCUGCAGUGACCGACUUUUGCCUUUCUGUUUUUUUUUUUUUUUUUGGUUCAUGUUUGUAUUUUGAUUGUGCAUAGAGUUUUUUGUUUGAUCUGGUCUUACCAAUAGAGCUGUUGAUUGUUAGUACUUAGUACUCACUUCCUGGUCUGAUGAUUGUUAUUUUGGCUUCUUAAUUAGCCAGACAGGAAGCUGUUAGUGUCUCAGAUCCUCUUCAGUCCUGGGUGUGUUGGUCUUUUGCCUAGAACUCCCCGGAGGAGGGUGGGGUUUAAUAAUUAGUCCAGUAGCUCCACUGCUUCCCAUGGUUGAACCAUGGUUUGUGGAGGUUUUAAUUUGCUGGCUGUGGAUCAGUGUUGGUCCAGAGUGUCUGAACAGUGAGUGACGGCGCAGUCGUCACACAUUGUUUCGUUUGGUCCUGAUCAUCUGAAAGAGUCAAACACCAAACCAGAUGCUCCUGACUCUGGAAUAAAACAUCAGCUGUGUAUGUAGACUGUAAAUAUGUUAGAACAAAAAAAAAAAAAAGCUUUGGGAACAUCCGGGAAGGUUGGAGAACGUUGUCACUCUCUUUCUUUGACCCGUACAGAAUUUUUGAUUUCCUGCCCUUUGCGUAGUUUCUGCUUCUGGUGCCACUGUUUGUGGAAACAGAUUAAAAAUGUUACUAUGGUCAAAUGUCUGGUUUACUGUGUAAAUAAUUAUCUUAACUGUUAACUUUUAGAGGCAACACUGAUGUUAUAACUAUGAGAGUUUCUCAUAGUUGCAAGAUUUUUGAGGCUGAUGCUGAGAAACAUAACAGGCAAUAUUUUUCUUUUAACAUAAACAAGUAUUGAUGAUAUGAUCAGGAACUGUUAAAUUUGGUUAUUAAGAAUCGUGACAAACGAGAAACUGUUUCUGAACGACGAUGUAUGUUUUCGGCAUUUGUUGUUACUUACCGACUGAUAUGUACGACAACACUGAUUUAUAAAAUAGUACCCCAAAACAUUACUUGAACCGCUGACCAACUCCACUUAUUCUGUUGACAUUACACAGAUGUGUUGCCUCUAAAAGUUGCCUGUUCUAUCAACUUCGUAUAUGGAGAGCUAUCUGAUCAUGCAGGGAAGCAGGGCUGUAGCUACCAUGAAAGAUUUAAGUCAUGUUAAUGGUUUGCUUUGGUUAAUGGUUUGAACAAUCUUGGUACUUAAGUGACAUGAAGAGGGGUUAGAUUAGAGCUGCAGACAAGUUAGUAUUGUUUUAAAUAAAUCCUCUAAACAUUUGAUCUGUAAAAUGUUUUUUCUGAUCUAUAUUCCAAAACCUAAAGAUAUUCAGUUUCAAUUAUCAAACAUUUCCAUUUUCCAUGUACAUUUACAGACAAUCUACAACAGUUAAAUAAGUAAAUCAAAUGUGAUCUUUUUUUCCUAAAAUACUCAAAAAAUUAAACAGAGUUUGGUUGGUGGCUCAUCAAACGUUUCUUCAGAGUGUGGGGUUCCUGCUGUGGAAAUUUAGGCUCAUGACCUAAGUGUUUCUCAAAUCAUGGUCGCAGCCCUGCUGGGAAGCUGCCCACCAGAGACCAGCUGCAUGCUGGGAAAUGUAGUCCAGUCUCUGGUCAGCUGAUCCUGGUCUGUUCUCAGAGAAACCUUUCUGUGUAUUUUGGGAUUUCCUGCAGCUAAUUAAAGUGUUUAUAUCGUUGAUGAAGCAGAAGAGCUGCCUUCUGAUCAGUCUUUGAGAGCUUCUGAUAUUCAUUUGAUUGAUUGAUUGAUUGAUUGACUGAUUGAGUGACUGGACCCAAUAAGUUUCACAGCAGUUGUGUGUAUAUAUUAAUGCUUCUAUUCCUGGGAGAGACCUAAAUCUAUAUAUAAAAUGUAUGUAAACAUAUCCUGAUUGUAUUUUUGUUGAUUUAUCGAUCAAUGUGAUCGGGUCUGACACUGCUGUCAGCCAUCACUUGUCAUAUUUUUGUAGAAAGCUUUAAAGGAGGAAACCCAGUGAACUUUCUUACGCUCCAGGAUCUGAAAUCUUGAAAUCUGACUGGAUUUCUGUCGAGAAGCGAGCGAAAGACUAAACAGACGACACAAACCAACAGAAUGUAGAAAUGUUUUGUUCUUCAUCUUUUGACAUUCGCUGUGGGAUCAAUGAUAAUAAUAAUAACUGAUUCAUCA